AGUGAAAAACUUUAAUUAUUUUAAAAUUUCCUAACCUUUGGAAUAUAUGUGACAUACUCGCACACUAGAAUUAAUGCACAUAAAUAAUAAAAUGAACUAUUUUUGUUGACUCGGCCAACGUCUAUUAAACAUUCCUCAUUUGUUGUUCAAAAUCCACCAUUGCCCCUCUUCUUGUAUUCUUCUCUGAUUCAAGCCCAUUAAUCCACGACAAUUUUACUUCAAACCCUAUAUAUAGUUACACAUACAAGUAAGAUACUCAAGCCCUAUUCAUCAUCCCAACUUCGAUCUAAUUACAUCGCAAGAGAAAACAUGAUCUCUAGGGUUUUCAACUUCAUGAAACAAUCCAAAACCGCUCAGCUAAACAACAAACUAUUUCUCGAUCUUCUCUCUUCCUCAUCAUCGGCCAAACCUAAAGUUUUGCAUGACGUGUUCAUCAACCACAGAGGAUCCGACACAAAGAGAAACAUCGCAACAUUGCUUUACGACAACCUCAAAUAUCGUAACUUACGUCCAUUCCUGGAUUGCAAGAACAUGAAGCCCGGAGAUAAGCUUUUUGAUCAUAUCAACAGCGCGAUUCUCACUUCUAAAGUCGCUGUAACGGUUUUUUCUCCCAACUACUGCGAUUCAUAUUUCUGUCUGCACGAGCUUGCUCUUAUAAUGGAGUCCAGGAAAAGGGUCAUACCGAUAUUCUGCGACAUCAAACCUUCACAACUCGAUGUUAUGAUCGAGAGGGUGACAUGUUCUGAUGAUGAAAUCCAAAGGUUUAGAUGGGCUCUUCAAGAAGCUAAAGAUAUCGUUGGACUCACGUUUGAUUCCUACAAAGGGAAUUUAUCGGAGGUUGUUACAAUUGCAUCGGAUGUUAUCGUCGAGAGAUUGGUCGAGUUAGAGGCUAGCUGAAGAUGGAAAUGUAUAGGCGUUGGAAGACAUUUAAUUUACUCCAAACUAAAUGCUUCUCUCAAAAUUUGUUUUUCUAAUCCUAAGAGUAAUUAAUUUAAUUGAUUUCAUUCAUGCAUAUCAAUCAAUAGUUGACAGAGAA